AUGAAAAUACUCAUUUCAGUGGUCCUAGUUUUCACACUAACCUACAAUUCCAAUUCAGAUCAGAACUACCAGAAAUUAGCUGUAAGCCUAUUAAAAUUACUUGAUCCACCAAAUAGUUCAUCAAUAUGGUCACCAACAAGUAUUGGUCUAGCAUUGAGCAUGUGUGCAGCAGGCGCCAAAGCAAAUACUCUCGAUCAAUUGCUUUUUGCUCUCGAUGCCACGACAAUUGGUCUAUUGAACACUGAAUCUAAGAAGAUUAUUAGUAAUGCGAUUGGAAAGCUCUCUGAAUCCCAAGUGAUUGUAGCCGAUCGUCUAUAUGUUCAAAAGAAAUAUCAACUCUAUCAGAAUUAUAAACAUGAUCUAAGUACCUUCUACAACGCCACUAUUGUUUCAAUAGAUUUUUCAAUGCAAAAUGCUGCUGCCAAUACGAUUAAUAAAUGGGUUUCACAAGAAACAAAAAAUUUGAUCAAAAACAUUAUUUCACCUAAUGACGUUAACUCGCACACUCGUCUAAUUCUUGUCAACUGUCUUUACUUUAAAGCUCAAUGGCUCAUACAAUUUGAGAAAGAUUUAACAAGUACAAUGCCAUUUCAAGUAACCAACACAAAUACUGUGAAUGUUCAAAUGAUGCAUAUCACAGAGUCUUUUUCCUAUAUAAAUGCAACCGACAGUAUUAAGGCACAAGUUGUUGAAAUUCCAUUUAAUACUACAAAAAACAGUAAAAAUCUUCAGCUUGUAUUCACUGUUAUUCUACCAAAUGAAGGUGUCACACUGACAACUGUGCAGAAACAACUUAGUUCAAACAUAUUAAAAAGUGUUUUAAACUCUGUUAAUGAAGCACUUAUAUUUUUGUCAUUACCAAAAUUUAAAACUCAAUCAACAUUUAAUUUGAAGAAAUCACUUCAAACUAUUAAUGUAACUGAUGUUUUUGAUGUGAAUAAAGCUAAUCUUUCAGGUAUUAGUCCAAGUCAACCGCCUUCUCUUUACGUUACGAAGGUAAUUCAUAAAGCACUUAUCAAUGUCGACGAAAAUGGGGUGACAGCAGCAGCUGUAACUGCAAUUCCUAUUGACUCAAGGGGUUUGCCUUUUGAAAAAAUAGUGUUCAAUUGUAAUCGACCAUUUCUAUAUUUAAUUCGAGAAAAAACCAGUGGACUUGUUCUUUUUGUUGGAACUUAUUAUGGAAAAUAA